UUCGCUUCCGGGAGAUGCUUUAGUUGGCGUGACGAUUCCGUUUAUUGUAUGAUUCUCAGAGUUCUGCUCUUUAUUUCGCUUCAGGAAGAAAAAGAAGAAGACAAAGAUGUGGCGAUGCGUCUCUCGUGGCCUUGGCGUUCGUUCUUCAAGGACCUCUCUCUCUGGAUCGAGCUUCCCUAGAUUUUUCUCCACCGGUUUUAAGACAUGUGAUUACACGAUAGUGGAUCACACCUAUGGUGCGGUGGUGGUAGGAGCUGGUGGUGGUGGGCUUAAGGUGGCCAUUGGAUUAUCGGAGCAUGGCACAUCUAUGAUAUUGUCAAAGGCAGUGACUGGCUUGGAAAGAAGGGAGAAGGUUAAUGCAGGGAUGAUACUGCUACCGGAACGGGUCCGAGGCUGUGAUAAGGAUAUGGGCUUUAUCCUUAGAGAAGGAUGAAGCAGAGUUCAAAGCAUAUACCAAGGAACAACUGAACAGGUUAAAACACCUUAAGACUUUUCUUUCACCAGGCACAACCAUAUUCCAGGAUGAUAACCUCAACUGCUUCUGAUGUUUUCGAAAAGUUUUGAUGCCUUACAACAUGUAGAACACCCUUCCUGAUCUCGGUUCCUGAGAAGAUGGAGUCUCUGAAAAAAAAAAUUAAGUGUUGUAAUCUUUAGGGUUUUGUAUUGUCAUCUCUAUUUUCUACUAAAAUUUCUUUCAUUGAUAGCAAGUUUAUAUGAAUUGUACUCUUUCAUAACUUAACGUUUGACAAAUAAGUCGUUCUCUAUUUGUAGCCUACAAGGAAUUUUUUAAAGUAACCCAAAUAC